CUGAGGAAGCAACAGAGCAGCAAGCCAAGCAACAGGCUGCCUGACACUUUACAGCUUUCUGCUUUAGCUACUCUUGUGCAAACUUGUGAAAACUCACUGUAGGAUGGCGGCACAUUACUACAGCCAAAAUACAGCAGCCUCUGCAAGUCGGACAGCAGCUCAGAUACGGCAACCACUUUGGAUGUAAAAGACUAUGGAAAUAAAAACUAGCCCGUCUGCGAAACUGAUCUGCAUUUUUUAUGGAUUAAUGAACUAGAACAUGACAGCUGGAUAGUGUGGAUAGCAUCAGCAAAAUGAACCCCUCCUCUCUGGACUGGUCCAUUCAGAGCGCAUUGUCGUCUCUUUUUCCUCCAUUUGAGGCCACUGCCCCAACUGUCCUGAGCCAGCUCUUUCGCACCAUCGAGGAGCGUUACCAUGGAGACGCACUACAGUGCUUGCUGGACUACCUCAUUCCAGCCAAACAUAUCCUAGAGAGCGUGCAGCAAGCUGCCUGUGCUGAGUACUCUGAUGUGUUGUUCCGGUGUGAAGGGUGGCCACUCUGUUUGCGAGACCGUGUGGUGAUCCAGCUAGCUCCCAUUAAUCCUUUACUGUUACGUCCUGGGGACUUCUACUUACAGGUGGAGCCUUUUGGGGAACAGUCAGCCCGCAUAGUCCUUAAGAGCCUCCUUGUGCAGGAGGACCUCUUGACACAGGAGAAUCUGGUAUUACAAGCAGGUUUCAGGGUGCAAGAGGGCCCAACAGUGGAGGAGACUCCCGUCCCAGAAACAUCCUACCCCUGUAUAUUUACUGAGGCUUGGUUACAGGAGGUGAAUGAGGGCCGUCAUGGGAACCAACUACAUCAGUGCGUGCUUUCCUCCGAUCAAGGGAUUGUGAAGGUUCCCUGGACAGAAGUGGUUAACCCAGAAUUUCUGGACAAGCCAAAAGCUAAGAUCAGGUCUGAAGCAAUGACAUCGUGCUCAACUGCAGCACUAAUAAUGCAAGAUAAUCAGUCUCUUGAACAAGAGCCUCAGUCGCAGUUUCCUGUGAACAUGGCACCUUUAGAAAUAGAAACCAUGAUUCUUCCAGCAAAAGAUGGGGUUGCAGUUUCAGUUCGGUUGGUUGAGAGCAGCAGCAGACUUGUUAAGGUGGAUCAAGGGAAAACUGUGAGCAGUUCUGUGGGAAAACCUGUUGGCUGGGUGUCUCCUAAUACCUGGGACAGCAGGCAUAAUCGAGAGCUGGAAGGGGAGUAUGUAGAUCUCUUGGAUUUUGCCAAGGAGAAGGAAACUUUGGCCUUCAACAAAGCUGCAAUACCUACAGUUCCUGUGUCCUUCAGGCCUGCUCCCGCUCCUCCAAAAAGGGAUGGUGUCCCUUGUGUCCAGGCUUCAGGAAUGAUGAAUGAGCUUUGUGUUCCAUGUUCAAAAAACAAGCAGUUGUCCCAAGACUUACAAAAGGGUUCAGAAUCCAAGUGUAGGCAUCGUCAGUCUUACCUAGCAGCUUUAAGAAACCCUGUGAGUUUUGAGAAAGUAAGUGUGAUGGCACCCCUAAAAGAAACCUGUCCAGAACUAGUUUUUGAGGAACAAGCCUUUGGGAUUGAGUCUCAGAGCUGUUCAUCAGGCCAGGGUUUAACCCAGCCUGUCCAUAACUCGAUACAAUCCUACAAGACUUCAGUCCAACAAAAUGACAACAUAGUUCAGCCUAAUAUGAACACAAAACAUCAUCAGAACUCACAGCCAAGCCCUCUCACAUGUCAACAGCCCUUACUUACUGAAGAUCUUCAUAAGACUGUAUUGGAACGUAAGAUUGUUUCUGACAACAAACAUCCCUGUCUGAGUGAAGCCAAAAGGCAAGAACCCUCCCAAAUUCGGACAAGCAGCCAAAAACAUGCCAAAACCCAACAUUUACCCAAAAUGGGACUAAGGGCUUUGCCUGAUCAUAGCAGUCACCGACAAGAGUCUAAUGCCUACAAAUGUCCAGGUGUAGGAAGGAAACAAAUUAUGGUUCCAUAUGGUCCAGCUUCCCAGCAUAAAGACCCAACACAACCCACAGAACAGAGACCUUCUCUUCUUCAUCAUCCACAGCACAAUGAGAACAUGCUUCAACAUCAACACAGUCCUAUGGACCAUAAGCCUUUCUAUGACAACAAAGCUUGUGCUGGAAGCCCAGGCUCACCUGUGCAAGUGUUGAAGGUUUCAGGUAAAAGCAGAUCCAAAGGCCGCUCUGCAUCCUCAGUGUCAGAGACAGCCAAAGAGUGUCUGCAGGUGGACAAGAUGACCAACAGAAGUCGCAGUGAUGUCUGUCCAGAGAUCAUCCCCAUGGUUCCUGCUAUCCACUCCAUGCAGAACAAGAAAUACACUCCCUUUUUACUAGCAUCCCCAAAACUAGACAGACGGAAAGGAGCUAAAAAUGAUGCAUCCACAUCUGGUACAGCUGAGCCUCAGUUUCAUCCUCCGUUGAAUGGGGUGGUGCUCCAAAGCCCCAUUAUGGAGCUCCUCUCAGCAACCCAAGCACAAAUCUCCUCUGGACAUGUAAAACAGCUUACUCCUCUUUCACAAGACCCCUCUAUCAAGGGCCUUCUUCAGCUGGGCAUCAUCAGUUUGCCAGGGAGCCGUGACAGAGCAGGCAGAGCGGUGCUUGAAGUCUAUGGGGGGAAGAAAGGCUGGGGGUCCUCUCUGCUCUCUCUUCUGGAGCUCUGGAGACUGCUCCUCUACCUGCACUCCAUACCCAGGAGAGAGGUGCGAGAUCUUGGAUUAACAGUUGUGAUUGACAACAGGAAGGGGUCACCUCCCUCAGUGCUUUACAAAGCUCUGUUUUUGCUGCAGGAGCAGGCCCGCCAUGCUGUGCACACUGUUUUGCUGCUGGUGGAUAAAGACCAGAGCCCUCGACCAGAGAGACAACCAGGAUUACAGAUGGAAAUUAUUACAUCACUGAAAGCUCUUCAUAAAACCAUUGAUGGUCAACAACUGAGUUCUGAAUUUGAAGGAACCUUCCCUUAUAAUCACAUGGACUGGCUGCAGUUCCGCCAAAAGCUGUCUGUCUUCGAACUGGACCUACAAGGAGCAGCCUUGUUACUACAGAAAGCUAUAAAGAAAUUGGACAGCAGCAAUAAAACUGACACGGUAGAGGAUGUAAAGAGCUGCAUACAAGAACAGAAGAGCUCCAUGAAAGAGGUUCUGGAAGAUACAAGAAUGGUCAUGCUUCAAAGGGAGGGUGGUGCUAUACUAGCCAGAAUGAGGAAGGAAGAAUUUAAAUUUGCCCAGUCUGAAGACUACAGGGAUUCCAUGGGGUCUGUGACUUCUCUGUAUAACCAGGUGGAGGAGGGAGUUCACACUUUGGUGAUGAGGUCCAACCAGUCAUUGCAGCACCUCAGCCAUGUGUUCAUGCUGAGAGAAACAGAGGACCAACUCAACACUAGCAGAAAGUGGUGCGAGGAGGAGCAACAGAGAUGGCAGAGAAACAGUGACCUAACAGAAAAAACUCGAGAGAGACUGGAGCAAAGACUAACAGACCUUCAUUCUGUCCUCACUGAGGCAAAGGUGAGAAAAGAGAAAGGAAUGAUGAUGAUGAAAGAAGUGGAAAGGAAGAUUCAAGGAGCAUGCUAUUCUGAGACUGACAGUUUUCACAUUAACGUGACAAAGUUCAAAACCAACAUGGCUGCUUUUCUGAUACAAGCCGAGCAGCAUAAAUCGGACCUGGAGUCGUUUAUUCGUCUGCAUGGUUUCUGCGAGCAGGUUUUAUCUCUUACCAAAGAAUGCAGUCACUAUCUGGAACAGAUGGAGGUGGGCUGCUACCCAGUGAAGGUCAAUAUAAGCAAGCUGCAGACCUUCCAAGAGAGAUUUAAAGCAUUUUCACCCCACUGCUUUGAGGAGGAGAAGAGUAAUGUUGUGGCUAUGAAACAUUCAGGAGAGCUGCGUGUAUGGAAGGAGGCCUGGGCAGAGUGCCAAGAUGUCAAGCAGAAACUGGAGGAGAAGCUGCUGGAGUGUGAUGGGGUCCAGAAGCCUCUGAGAGCUCCACAAACGGAUGUCAGGGUGCUGAGAAAUGCUGAGGCUUCUUUGCAAGCCCUUUCACCCUCCAUAUCCAGCUCCACCUGUGGUGAUAUGGAGGCCAACCCUGAAUUAAGUGGAGUGGACAGUCAGACACAGAGCCAGGAAAGUUGUGCCAGAAGUGACAGUGAAGCUCUAAACUGUUUAAAAAUCCAUUAUAAACCUGAGCGGAAAGCCAGCGAAGGAGGCAAUGCACCUCUAGUGGUCUCAGACGUAUGCUCAGUUGAAACUAAAAACUGUAAAGAAGAGGUCAGAGCUGAACUUUUACGUCAAACACAAAUAGAGCAAACCCAAACAAACCCACAGAUCAUAGGGUCAACAUGUGAGCAAAACUCUCCCAGUGCUCUUCAGAACCAGUUGAAAGAAUCCAACCAUCCUCCAUCUGUCCUUGUAUCAAGCACAGAUAAUGGUUCCUCAUUACAAAAUGUUUUACCAAUAAAAAGAAGGACGUUCUCCCGCAAACAUCAGAGUGAGCCUGACCUCGAGGCUGUUUACCUUGCAGCCAAAGAUGAUAGGUCACCAUGGAAACCAGCUUUAGGCCGGUCGCAUAGCGAGGGCUCCUGCGAGAGUGCUUCUAGUUCUAUAUCAACCUGCUCUCCACUACCUAUGUGCAAAAAACACUCUACAGACAAACACAAGGUGUUACUAGAUGACCAGGACUCUGUAGCGUCUCAUCAAGAUAGACUGUACACUGAGUUUUCUAACACACAAUCACAGUGGGCCAAAACCGAUAGCAAAGACAAGCCCAGUGUCCCUCAGGAUGAGGAACAAUCUCUGAUAUCUCGACAGGAAAGCUUCUGCUCCAGUGUAUCCAGCCCUGGACAAUGCUGGAUGAAAGAGGAUGAAAGCAGUGGAAUUCCUUUGAAUGGCCGAUCCUCAGGCUCCUUCCCAGAUGAUGCUAUGUCUCCAGACAGACUAGAAAACAGCUCAGCCCACAGCCCUACCAUGGCACUGGAGAACAGCAGUAAUUUACUUAAGCUGCAGCACAUCAUGGAGGAGUUGUUGCAGACUGAAAGAGAAUAUGUGAAAGCGCUGGGCUAUGUCAUGGAGCACUACUUACCAGAGUUGGAGCGCCCUGAUGUGCCACAAGACCUGAGGGGCCAGAGAGGAAGCAUCUUUGGAAACCUGGAAAAGCUCAGAGACUUUCAUCAACACCACUUUCUUAAAGAGCUAGAGCUUUGUCUAAGAGAGCCUUUUCGUGUGGGGCGUUGUUUUCUAAGGCAUAAAGAAAGUUUUGGUCUGUAUGCUCUCUACAGCAAGAAUAAACCUCACUCAGACAACCUGCUCAUUCACCAUGGUAAAGAGUUCUUCAAGCAGAAGCAGCAGCAGCUGGGGGAUAAGAUGGACCUGUCAUCAUACUUGCUGAAGCCGGUGCAGCGCAUCAGUAAAUACAGCUUACUACUGCAAGACAUGUUGCGGGAGUGCGAUUUGGGGUCACAAAGAGGUCGCGAGCGAGCUGAGAUACAGGCCGCACUUGAGGUCAUCCAGUUCCAGCUUCGCCAUGGCAACAAUCUCCUUGCCAUGGAUGAUAUCCAGGAUUGUGAUGUGAACCUAAAGGAACAAGGGCAGCUGAUUCGCCAAGAUGAGUUCCUGGUGUCCUAUAGAAAGAAGAAAUGUUACAGGCAUGUUUUCCUCUUCCAAGAUCUUAUCCUCUUCAGCAAGACCAAGAAGACAGAGGUUGGGAAUGACACAUAUAUCUACAAACAGUCAUUUAAGACCUCGGACAUUGGGAUGACUCAUAACUGCGGAGAUUCUGGACUGUGCUUUGAAAUUUGGUUUCGAAGGCGAAAGUCGCAGGACACAUAUACACUUCAGGCAGGAACCCGGGAGAUAAAGGAAGCCUGGACCAAAGACUUAGAAAGGAUCCUGUGGGAGCAGGCUGUGCACAACAAGGAGAUCCGUAUGCAAGAGAGGGUGUUUAUGGGAAUUGGGUACAAGCCUUUUAUGGACAUUAUGCCCAGCGAAGCUGCCAUCUGCGAUCGUGCCAUCAACUGUGCUCUAACAGGACGAGACUGCAAGGCAGCUGAUAUUUCUGGUAUGGCUGACUCUCAGGGCAGAUUCCCAGGCCAGAGGCCAAAUUCUACAGGUUCGGUCAGCUGUACAUCAUCUUCCUCUUCCUCCUCUGGUCGGGGCAGCGUGUCACCUGUGGGUUACCUGAUUGGUGCGAGUAGAAGAACAGUUUCUGAGUCUGACCAAGGAAGAUUCUCCAGUCCAGGAGUCUUAGAAGAGUAUGACAUAGAGCAGGAAAAUAGCAGCCAAAGUCUACUAGUGGACAGUUCUGAAUCUUCAGGAGAGAGCGUGAGUGGCUUUAGCAGCUCUGGCUACAGCUGCCAGUCUGUGACUGGAGGGGAACAUGAAGAAAAUACUUCAGAGAUGCCUGCCAUUGGUGUGAGGAAAGCAGGCCCUAGCAACAUGGAGAGGAACAAAAACAAAUCCAAAAUAUCUCCUAAACCACAAAGCCAAAUAAGGGACCAACCACACAAAAAGGAUCAAGGGAACAAUCAUGUGGGAAAAUCAACCGAAGUUUAACUGUGAAUAUUAUUUCCACCGUUCAGUGCUAUGGACCACAUGGAGUGCUUGAUGACACAAGUGUUUCAGCAUAACACACCACAGAACACCCUAUCCUGGAGAGCGUGACAGUUUUGGGAUGGCGAACAUCCGUGCAGCAUGCUAUUUAUUAUUUCUGAUAGCUUUUGUGGACACUAGCAAUUUCUGCUGACUCUUUUGCAUUGCAUUGUUUUUACAACCUUUUCGUUAACCAAAUUCAAAAUGAAUCUUCACCUUAUUAGCUAAGGCAAGGUUGUGGUUACAUUGUCGGUUACUCUGUGUGUGUGUGUGUGUGUGUGUGUUUGUGUGUUUGUGUGUGUUGUUCUAAGCUGUGUGGAUUUUGUAUUGGUGUUUGAGAGCCGUUUGGCUUUCAUCAAAGAGCCACUUCUUACUUCUCUUUUGCUUUUUGGACAGUUAUUAUCCUGUUCAUUGCUCUUUUUUCACUAUUUUGUAUUUAUAGAAAUGUUAAUAUUGACAUCUAGCUAGAUAUAUCCAGUUGUGCAUAAUAUUAUAAGUGUAAUCAUCUAAUAAUAUUUUGUAGUCCCACCCCAUAGCACCCAUUAAAAAGUAACUGUUGCUUACAGUUAAAGUCUUUCCUUGCAAAACAUCUCAUAACCGUAUUGCUUUUCUUUAACAGACUCCUGAGUGAUUUAAGAUAUUGUUCCCAGACCUACUAACAUGUUCACAUUGCUUUGUUGUAAGUGGGAUAUUGCUAACUACACUCUGAGCAAGUGUAAUAAAAAAGAGAAUAGCACUUGAA